AUGCAAUGCUUUCUAAUAUCAGUGUUUCAUUUCAGGUGUAAGUCUAGUCAUACAGAGAUUCAUCAGUUUAAAGCUCAGAUCAAAGAAAGUAACAACGUCAAGAUCGUUAACAGAGCGGUGAAUGGAGCUGACUCACUCACCAGGCUUCAUGAAGCGCUGGAUACCAUCAUCGCCACGGAGCUAGGCAUGGAUGACAGUAAGCUAUCAGUGGAUGACAAUGAUGACGAUGGCUGUGACCCUGCCUCCCUGUGUGACGUCACACACUGGGAUCUCCAUGGCAACAGCGAGCAGCUGGAGAAGCUGAAUGCGGCCACCAGGUGUCUCUGCACGCUCGGGUUUGAAAAGCACUACGAUCGUCUGAACGCUCACAUCAGCGCCGCGGGACCGCUGCCCCCUCUACUGGUGACCGGGGCGUCCGGAUCGGGAAAGUCUUUGCUGCUCGCUAAAUGGGUGAGACAGCUACAGGAGCGACUGCCCACCUCUCUCAUUCUCUAUCACUUUGUCGGAUGUUCAGGAUCAUCAACCGCUGAUCCAAUUAACAUGCUGGCUCGUCUAACACGUCAG